AUGGCUUCUCCUUUCCUGAUGUUAGGAUUGUUUGCUUUAAUAACUUGUUCCAUUGUCUUUGCAUAUGAUCCUAGUCCACUCCAAGAUUUCUGCGUCAAAGAUCCCGACAGUUCGGUGCUAGUGAAUGGAUUUGCCUGCAAGGACCCCAAGCUCGUAGAGGCGAAUGACUUCUUCUACAGCGGUCUCAACAUUCGAGGAAACACAUCAAACCCCGUCGGAUCUCGUGUGACUCUUAUAAACGUGGACCUAAUUCCAGGGCUCAACACUUUGGGCGUUUCCCUGGCCCGCGUCGACUACGAUCCAUGGGGCCUAAACCCACCACACUUACAUCCCCGAGCCACCGAGGUGUUAACCCUUGUACGAGGCACUCUCCAAGUGGGUUUUGUCACUUCUAAUCCAGAAAACCGCUUGAUUACCAAGGUUCUCCAGAAGGGCGACGUGUUCGUCUUCCCAAAAGGUCUCGUUCACUUCCAGAGAAACAUUGGUCAUGGUAAUGCGCUUGCGUUUUCUGCCUUGAGCAGCCAAAAUCCAGGGAUCAAUACGGUUGCAAAUGUUGUGUUCGGAUCUGUGCCUGACAUCUCCGCUGAUAUUCUUGCCAAGGCUUUUCAAGUCGAUAAGAAUGUUGUCUUAAAUAUCCAGUCUAAGUUUUAGACACGUUUAAUCGUGUACGUCAUAGGGCUAUGCAACUGUCAUAGGUAUUUUUUUAUUUCAUUUCUAU